GGUUAGCGAUGGCGGUUUCAAGCAGAAUUGCAUUUCUCUCUUUCUCGCACCUUUUACCACGAUGAAGCCAAAUGUAAUGUACAGGUUCAAACAUGAAUCAUAUUAAUAAUAAGUUGUUAUUCGACUACUUUGCGUCGCAGAAAAGCCAGCUAAGUAAGCUGAAGAUGUCUAAAAACGGAAGUUAAAUGGUUGUGACUGUGUUAGCAUAACGCACUAGUUUAUGUUCGAUGUCAACAAUACUGAGAGCAAUUAAUACACUCUUAAGAGCAAAUUAUUAAUCAUUUUGGAUUUGUUAGGUCGGUUACUCUCUACCAGAAACAUAAAUCUAGUUGCAGUAUCAGGCUUGUUUUUUGUUUCGUGUGGAGGUAUUGGAUAAAUCAAUGUUUGAGAUGGACAGAGAGGAGUCUGACAGGCUGAUAGAAAAAGCCAAGCUGUGUCUACGUUCCGGACGUAAAGAGAACGCCCUGCAGUUGCUGUAUGAGGCACAGAGGAUCUACCCCAACGCCCGGGCGAGAGUACUAAUUGAUGCCAUUGUGAAGAAUGGUGGCACAGUGCCCCCUGAAGAAGAGCGCACCUACACACCUCCACCCGGCUGGAGAAACUCUGAGGAAGACAGCCUGAAUACACAUCAGCGCCCCGGUACACAAGAGAGAAGAGAGGGGUCUAGUGACAACAAGAAAAGCUAUUCAGAGCAGCAGCGGCAAGGUGUGCUCAGAAUAAAGAGAUGUAAAGACUUCUAUGAAAUUCUGGGGGUGCUGAAGGAUGCUAGUGAUGAGGACCUGAAGAAAGCCUACAGGAAGCUGGCUCUACGCUUCCACCCAGAUAAGAACUGUGCCCCUGGAGCAACUGAUGCUUUUAAAGCUAUAGGCAAUGCAUAUGCUGUGCUAAGCAAUCCAGAAAAAAGGCUGCAGUAUGAUCAGUGUGGGGACCAGGCCGCUGCAGAUACCUCCAGUCAUCCUUCAGCUCAACCUCGUCAUGCAUACGGACACUACCGCUCCUUCAACCAAGACUUUGAUGCUGACAUCUCUCCAGAGGAACUCUUUAACCUCUUCUUUGGUGGCAGGUUUCCUACAGGCAACAUCCAUGUGUACACCAACCGAGGAGCCUCUUAUGCUCAUUAUUAUCAGCCACGCAGACGGCGUACAUACGAGAGGCGGGAGGAAGAGGUAGAGGAGAGCCACAGUCAGAACAACUUCACGGCUCUCCUGCAGCUUCUGCCAGUGCUGGUGCUCAUUUUGAUCUCUGUAUUUACUCAGCUGAUGGCUACCAACCCACCCUACAGCCUCUUCUACAAACCGUCCAUGGGUUUGGUGGUGUCCAGGGAAACCCAGCACAUGGGUGUGAUGUACUAUGUGGAUAAGAGUUUUGAGAAGGAGUACCAUGGUGCUACCUUAGAGGAGCUGGAGAAGACCAUAGAGAGUGAUUAUAUUGACCACCUACAGAACAGCUGCUGGAAAGAAAAGCAACAGAAAUCUGAUCUAGCUAACCUGGGGCAGCUGUACCGAGACGAGCGUCUGAAACAGAAGGCUGAAACCAUGAAGCUGGAUCACUGUGAAAAGCUGCAGCACUUCAUUGGUCGACAAAGAGGAGAUUGAGGUGUCCUCACCCUCCCAGACAGCAUGGCCAAUUUAAUGAGUUUUUAGUAUUGGUUAAAUAUAUUUCAAUUUACUCAGGUGGUGCACCUUUUUGUGAAUGAGAAAGAAAGAGUGAGGGGGAAAAUAGAGACGUGUUGUUGCAGUAGCUCAAGCUGAUUUUCUUGUGAGCAUUUGUGCCUUUCAUCCCUGUUAAUGGGGUGGAAUCUUAAGGCCACUGGCUCACAUAGCUUCAAUUCUAGAAGCAACUGAUUCAGCUGUGAUGCACAGCCUCCACAUAGAGGGUUUGUUGCGGAACAGUGUGUGGGAGAGUGUAAUUAGUGACCUUACAUUAAGGAGCACCAGCUCCAGGGUGACUAACAGAAUUAAAGCUACUGUAGUUAUUGUAGUUGAAGCUACUGUAGAGUGCUUUAAGCUUUAUUGUUAAUAAGAAUAAGAACUUAUUUAAUUACAUGUUUAACUUUUUUAUUAUUUGUGCUGUGAAUUACAUUUGACAAAUUGAUUAAAGCUUUUAGCAAUACAAAAGCUAAUUUAUUUUGGCUAUUUGGCUAAAAACAAAUGGUUCUUAAAAACAGGGACAAACCACUGCACAGAUUUUAAAUGCUUUCCUGAAGUUGCAAAAAAAAAUCUUUUAUGUACAUUAAAUCAGUUUUUUAUCAGUGCAAUCAGUGCAUUCUGAACAGUAGUGUAGUAGGCAACCAACUGUUUUUAAGCAAGCAAGCUAUUUUUUUUAGGGAGGAUUGUUUAGUGCACUAAAAAAACUUGCUAAAACCCAUUACCUCAGUGUUUUUCAUUAGCAGUAUUUGAUUUAUAUUUUGGCACCUUAAUUUGUCUAAUGUUUUUGUGUAUUGCAAGCAACAGUUCCAUGGGAUCCAUCCAUGACUUUGUAAGAGGUUGAAUAUGUUAACAGUGCAGUUUACAUAAUAUCAGUAAUUGUAAAUAGCCUAAUAACUGUAACUCUGUUCAGAUUACUAGAACUAGAAUUCAUGUUUUCCCUCAUGUUGCUUUAAAUAUGACAACACUUAACUUUUGAGCACAAAAUUGAGCAUGAAAAUUGAGAUGUUCAAAAGGGCUACAGUAGGAGUCCUGAUCUGAGAUGUGUUGAGAAAUAAUGCUGGAUGUGAUGUGGAGAGUUCGUGGCAGUUGUGGUUUUGUAAUGUUGCUUCCAUGCAGUACCCAAACAAGUUGGAAGUUUGGAAUGAGUGCAAUUUUGUGUCGCUUAAAAUAAAUAAUUAA